AGCAAGAGAGACCUAGUCUUCCAGAAGAUAUUUCUGCUGACAUGGCAUUUAUCAUACAAUCAUGUUGGGUGGAAGACCCUAAUAUGCGACCAAGCUUCAGCCAGAUAAUCCGGAUGCUUACUGCGUAUCUCUUCACACUUCCACCGCCCACACCAUCCGUACCACUAACAGAUUCUGUGGAGCAGACGGUUGCCAGCAAUGGUACCAUUGUUGAGUUUUCUGCAAGAGCAAGGGGAAAAUUUGCUUUCCUUCGCCAACUUUUUGCUGCAAAGAAGGCUAAGAACUCACAGUAAGCUGGCAAAAUUUUCAACACUUUACUCUCAAGCAGAGGGAUGACAAGUGUUGAACAGAAACAAUGUUAGUCGAUUAACCAAUAAACAAAACCAAAGGAAGAAAAACAAGUAGAUAAUGUCAUUGUAAAGGAAGUUUGUUACCUGUACUUUCUUGUUCAUAUCCAAUCCUCUCAUUUUAUGGGAAUCUCUGUAGCGGUAGGCCGUAUAGUAACAGUUUUCUUUUGCAUUUUUCUCAGGAUAGUGAUGGCUGCUUCUCGGCAGAUAUUUCUAACAAUAUAUGUUGCUCUUCAGAAUGUUAUUCAUCUUAAGCUAAUUUUUAAAGUAUGUAACACUCCUAUUUUGAAUUGAGAUAUUUGUAGGAUUGUUAUUUUCAUA